AUGGCUGAAGAAAACAAUUCUCCAAAGCGGAAAUCCAGCCCAAAGAGUAAGAAUCAUUUUUGGAAGAAGAAAAACACUCGCAAAGCUCAGUAUAUAUCUGAAGUGCAGAAUAGAUUUCUUGUACAUCAGAAGUGGACAUUGAAAGAGAAAUCUCGUCUGCUUGAAGCUUUAAAAAGAUAUGAGCCUGAGAGUAUAUCAAGUAUCGCUAAAAUUGUUGGGACAAAGUCAGAAGAGGAGGUAGAAGAGAAGAUACAGUGUCUUAGAGGAGUUGACAACAUUAGGUUUGCAAACGACCGUGUAGACGCAAACGGACCCGACAGAGCACCUAUUGAGGCUUGGAUUGACCUUGUUCAAGAAAUGAUCUCUUUUGAAAGUGCUGACUACUCUCAAUUUGUUCCCAAGAUUCUCGGCCUUAUUGCCAGGAAUGAACAGUUUGCGGACAGUGGGUAUCCGGAGCUAAAUUGGAGACACAUUUACCAGUUCCUGGCAGAUAUUACAGAGGACAGAGUGGACGUGCUCAAACUUACAGAUUUGGAAUAUCUCAUCGUGCUUGAUAUGAUGCGCAAUCUGGGUGAAGAAUUGCAGAAGUCUGACACUUUUGAUCAAAGACAGAUACUUGACUUUAAGUACAACUUGCUUAACUUGAAACCUGGCAUCCCAAGCAAGGCGGAAAAAGAAACAGUUGUUCACAGCAUUUCUCAGGCUCUCAGUAAUGACUUUUGGGAGCCUGAGGAAAUGGAAAGUCUUUUGUCCCAUGCAGCGAAAUCGGCAGCGACAUCUUCAGCCCAGCCAUCAUCAGAUUCUUCAACAUCCGCAGUGAGGCUAGGAAUGACCAGCGCAUCACCAGCUAGAAUAGAUCUGCAGACCACUCGGGCAUCGUCCUCCACACAAGGGACCACCCUAGAAGCCAGUACUAGCUCUUCAAGCUCCGAUCAGGGCAGCAGUGGCCAACAGAACAAUAACUCUCAGGGGACUACGGCUGCAAAAGCUGAAGACGGCAAUCAGGCUAAUGCAGGAGCUGGGCUGGUACAUGCACAUGGAGCUGGGCAGAGGUUUUUGCAUCCCAAAUAUUUUACACUGAACCCUCUUUGCGUGCCCACACAGCUGCUUGCUUUUCAGCCGAAAACAUAG